UUCUCUAUGCUGAUUUCUAUCAUUUAUUUAUUUUUGUCGAAAUUUCAUUUGGAAUUUUAAUAUUGCUUUCCGAAAAGGCUGCAAAUUGCAAUAUUCUCGAAUCUUACCAGUCUGGUCAGCAAAUAUAAGUGUCUAGGAGCAUCGCGCCUAUUGAUCCAAAAUCUCCAUCCUGCUUCCAGGGCAACGGCAGGUUUUCUUGACUCGAAGGUUUCAUUUAUCCCCUCGACGCACAAAAAAUUCCAAAGAAAAAAAAUGGAUGCUCAUAUGGCAUCAAAUCUAAAUGUAAUGUUUGGACAAAAUAGAAGGAAAGAAAAUAAAAGAUAGAUUUAAAGUUCAAGAUUCUUGGAAUUCAUCUCAUUUAAAUUUUCUUUUUGAAUAUAAAAAUACAUCAUUUUUUUUAUUAGAUUUAUCCAGACUUAAAAAAAAAAAAUAAAAAAUUCUUUUAUCAAUACUUUCCUGAACCAGACAUGGGAUAAAUAUCCUGCGGAUUCCAGUUUCCCUAGAAACCACUCGCUGUUUAGAUUUCUAUGAAAACCCAAUUCGUCUUCUUCUUCUCUCUGUUCUUUAUCUCUUCAGUGAUCUGGGCAAGGACAAGGCUGCAAUCUUAUCAGUCAUUUCAACACCAGUACAUUUAGUGAAAUGGAAUAGUCCAGGUACCAUACAACCCAGUGGAGUGUGAGGUAAAGGAUAGCGGAGGGAAAGGAAAAUUGAGAAAAUGAAAACUGGUUUUCACCAACAUCUAGUUGUGAAAGUUUAAUAUAAGAAGGGGAUUUCUGCUUUCAUCUGCAUGUGAGACUUCAUUCUCUGGUAUUUCGUUAAAUUUGAUAAGACUUUUCUGAAAAGUAUAUAAAUAUACAUGUAGACAAAGAGAAAGAUCAAGAAAAAGUAUUGUGAGGCUCCUCAGAUUCUCCAUACCAUGCUUAAGGUCCCGGAUCAUCAGGUUGCAGGCCAUCAUGCCCGUGAUGGAAAGCUUGGUCCACUCAUAGAUGACUCAGGGCGCUUCUACAAGCCUCUCCAGGGUGAUGAGCGUGGCUCCAAAGAGGUGGCCUUCUACACAUCAUUCUCUUCCAAUGCUAGGAUUCCAGAUCACAUCCGUAGAUUCUUCCCCAUCUUUUAUGGCACUCAGCUUUUAGAGGCAUCUGAUGGAUCAGGCUUGUAUCCCCACCUUGUUUUGCAAGAUGUUGUUUCAGGUUGCCACAACCCAUGCAUCAUAGACGUUAAGAUUGGCUCCAGAACAUGGUAUCUGCAAGCAUCUGAGGAUUAUAUCCAAAGAUCCCUUAAGAAGGAUAGAGAAACCACAACCCUAUCAUUGGGUUUUCGGAUAUCUGGAUUGCAGAUAUAUGACAGCAAAGAGUCUGGAUUCUGGAGGCCAGAGAAAAAGCUUGUCCUAGGCUUUACAGCAGAUGACGUUAGGGUAGUUCUUAGGAAGUUUGUUUCUUCUAACUCCCCCACAGAUUCAGAUUCAGAGCUGGAUUGUUCAUUUGCAUCAGCUGUGUAUGGUGGUUCUACUGGGAUUUUGGCACAACUGCUGGAGCUCAAAGCGUGGUUUGAGGAUCAAACCAUUUUCCAUUUCUUUUCUUGUUCGAUUCUUAUCAUGUAUGAUAAGGAGGCGAUAUUGAAAGGAAUGAGUUCUGGUGCAGAAAUCAAGCUCAUCGAUUUCGCACAUGUUGUGGAAGGGGAAGGUGUGAUUGACCAUAACUUCUUGGGUGGGCUCUGCUCUUUGAUAAAGAUGAUCUCAGAGAUACUUACCAGUCCAGAUGAGAACCCAAACAUAACUUGCUUGCAGGACUAUGAAAAGAACCACUCUUAUUUGGAGAAUGGUACCACUGAAUAAACAGAAUGCUCUGAUAGGCGAGCCUUUGGGCCCGUCUUUUUUUUUUUGAAAGAAUGGUACUAGUGAAUAAACAGAAUUGCUCUAAUUGACGAGUCUUCUGGCCUCUCUACUUACACUGCUCAUCCGGGGAUUGUGUAUCAGGGAAAACCAGAGCUUACUUUAUGUUUUGGCAUGGACCAUUUUUCUGCUGAAUGGUAUUUGAUUCCAUUAUUUCUGUUGAUGUAGAUGACUUGUUGAAGAAGUUCUAAUUCCAUACAAAUGAAAAUCUACAUUUUCAAUUUGCUUGUUUAA